UGGCAACUCAACAACAACUUUUUUAGAGUUUCAAGAUGGAUCAAACCAAAAGACCCCUCCGAAUACCCCCAGAGUUUGCGACAUAUUCCGAAAGACAUGGCAUAUUUGAACUUUACAAGCGCCUUAUGGAGCAACUGCUUCUUACGAAGCCAGAUGAUCCUAUACCAUUCCUCAUUGACCUUUUGAAACGAGACAAUGAUGAUGUGCCACAGGUUAUCAUCCUCGGUCCACCAGCCUCCGGUAAACACACCAUUGGCAAGAUGGUGUGUAAUAGGCUCCGUACAGCACAUCUCACCUUAAAGACACUCAUCUUGGAGGCUAGCAAUGAUCUGAAGAGAAAAGCAGAGGACUUUGUGAGGAAGAAAGAGGCCAUUCCGACUGCACUUUGGCUACAGAUCAUCAAAGAGAGACUGAAGCUUUUUGACUGUGUAAAGAAGGGCUGGGUGCUGGAGGGUUUCCCUCAGACAAGAGACCAGGCAAUGGCACUGCAGGCAGAGGGAAUCUAUCCCAAGCAUUUUGUUAUCCUUGAUGCACCUGAUACAGUGCUCAUAGAAAGAGCUGCUGGAAAGAGAGUGGAUCCUAAAACUGGAGAUGUAUACCACGUGACUUUUGACUGGCCUAACAAUCCAGAGGUUGAGAGUCGUCUUGAAGAAGUGACUGGUAACCCAGAGGAAGAGAUCAUAGAACAGUUGAUAGUAUAUCACAGGCACAUUGAUGGUAUCAUGUCAAGUUUUGAACCAGUGCAAAAAGUUAUCAACGCUGAUCAGCCAAAAGCUGAUGUCUUUUCACAAGUUAUGACAUUCCUCCAGAGCCAGCCACGGUCAGCCGCUCCACAUAACCCCCGCAUUGUUUUACUUGGACCAACUGGCAGUGGAAAAGGUGUACAGGCUGCACUGUUAGCCAACAAGUAUAACAUUGUAAAUGUGUCCUGCGGUCAGUUGGUCAAACAGGCCAUUGAGGAUGAAACAAAAAUGGGAACGGCCAUGAAACCUUAUGUCAGCAAAAAUAUGAUGGUGCCUGAUGCCCUCAUCCUGAGCUUACUGAAGGACAGGCUGAGCCAGCUGGAUUGCGUUAGUCGUGGAUGGGUCAUCCAUGGUUACCCAUCAACCAGAGAACAGGCAGAACAACUCUCAGGGGCAGGAUUCAUUCCAAACAGAGUGUUUUUCCUGGAUGUUCCAAAUGAUUCUGUUGUUGAGCGUCUUACCCUGCGUGCAACCGAUCUGAUCACUGGUGACCGAUAUCACAUGAUGUACAACCCACCUCGUACUCAGGAGGUCAAAGAUCGCCUCGAGGUUCAUCCAAAAGAUACAGAUGAUGCUGUCAGAAAGAGGUUGUCAGGAUAUCACGCUUACGUUGAGGAGAUCGCGGACUAUUAUGUCGAUGGUCAACAUAUAAAUGCUGAUCAAGACCCACACACCGUAUUUGAAUGCAUCGAGAGUAUGGUUGUGAAUCCUUUACCAAAACAUCUGUAAAGUUGGACAGUAAAUUUUAACAAUUGUAAAUGUUUUAUAAAAAAUAUCAAAAUUGUACUACUGUUGGGAUAAUCGAACAAGAUUGUCCCCAUUCUCAAGGUGUUAUGGGAAACUUUCCAGAUCACAUUAAAUUGAAAGAGUUUUCAUUAGCAGUAGGCCUACUGCCUCCUAUUUCUGUUGUGCGGAUGACAUCCGUCUGUACCAUUUUCUGACCACACAGCAGGAUAAAGCAACACUGGCGUAAUUGAGCUUUUCACUUUCAUUGUCGCACAGUAUGAAGGGCUCCAAACCUAGCAAAGAAAUGCCCGUAUGUAAGUUUGAUAUGUUGUUAUCGUCGAUAUUUUGCAUUCCUGUGAUGAUAAUACCGGUAGUACCAUAUGGAUUCUUACUGUGGAUAAUUUACUUGUAAAUAAAUUUAUCUUGAAGCUAAAAAA